GGCGGUAACUGCUGGAAACGGGGGGUGGACGGCCAGGGUUCAGUACUGUGCAAGGGAACCCCAGUGUCGGAUCUCGGCAUGUGCCCCUUCACUCACGGGCGAUGAUCACCAACACUCAUGCACCGCCGGGUGUAGUAAGAUGGGGCUGGUGUGGGGGGUGGUUUGGGCUGUGUGUAUGACGGGGGCGUUGGGAAACCCCGAAGCCAAGCGCCUCUACGAUGACCUACUCUCCAACUAUAACCGGCUCAUUCGGCCCGUCGGCAACAACUCGGAUCGUCUUACCGUUAAAAUGGGUCUCAGGCUGUCACAGCUCAUCGACGUCAACCUGAAAAACCAAAUCAUGACGACGAACGUAUGGGUUGAACAGGAAUGGAACGACUACAAACUUAAAUGGAAUCCUGACGACUACGGAGGAGUAGACACGCUUCAUGUACCUUCUGAACACAUAUGGCUCCCAGAUAUCGUUCUGUACAAUAACGCCGAUGGGAAUUAUGAAGUAACGAUAAUGACGAAAGCUAUACUCCAUCACACAGGGAAAGUGAUUUGGAAGCCGCCGGCGAUAUACAAGUCGUUCUGUGAGAUCAACGUCGAAUACUUCCCCUUCGACGAACAGACGUGUUUCAUGAAGUUUGGAUCAUGGACCUACGACGGAUAUCUUGUUGAUCUCCGUCACAUGGCGCAAACCCCGGAAUCCGAUACGAUAGACCUGGGAAUAGAUCUUCAAGACUAUUAUCUAUCCGUUGAAUGGGAUAUAAUGAAAGUUCCUGCAGUUAGAAACGAAAAGUUCUACAGUUGCUGCGAAGAGCCCUAUCCAGAUAUAAUCUUUAACAUAACCCUGAGGAGAAAGACGCUCUUUUACACUGUAAAUUUAAUAAUCCCGUGCGUCGGCAUAUCGUUUCUUUCGAUACUAGUGUUUUAUUUACCGUCGGACUCCGGUGAAAAAGUGUCGUUGUGUAUAUCCAUCCUCCUCUCACUCACUGUGUUCUUUUUACUACUCGUAGAAAUUAUACCACCGACAUCACUGACUGUGCCCCUAUUGGGGAAAUAUUUACUGUUCACAAUGGUGCUGGUGACUUUUUCCGUUGUAGUUACUAUUGUAGUGUUGAACGUUAAUUUCCGAUCGCCGGUCACACACAAAAUGAAACCGUGGGUUCACCAUGUUUUUAUACAAGUCCUGCCUAAAUUUUUACGCAUUGAGCGGCCCAAGAAAGAAGACUCAGUAGACGAAGACGACGAGGACAAACCACCGGAUACUAUCGUCACCGGGGUUUUUGAAGUACCUCCAAAAAUUGACAAUUAUAUAAGUUUUAAAAGGUUAAGUGGAGAUUUUAAUAUUCCUGCACUGCCACCAUCACGAUUUGACCCUGUACCCUGUUUUGGGGAACCUCCACUCCCUCUCCCAUCAGCCGAUGAUGACUUAUUCAGUCCUGGCAUUCACACAGAUGAUGUGAGUCCUACAUUUGAAAAGCCACUUACAAUGGAGAAAACUAUAGAAGAUGCCAAGUUUAUUGCUCAACAUGUUAAGAACAAAGACAAGUUCGAAAAUGUGAUAGAAGACUGGAAAUAUGUAGCCAUGGUGCUGGAUCGCCUCUUCCUUUGGGUGUUCUUAAUUGCUUGUCUCCUGGGUGCCGUUGUAAUUAUUCUCCAAGCUCCAUCCCUUUAUGACAGUUCAAAACCAAUUGACAUUGUGUAUUCGAAAAUUGCAAAGAAACGCAUGUUUAUGAUGGGGCCUGAAGAAGCCUAGGGUUUAAUUACAACUUAUAAUAUACGGGUCAUUGUAGAGAAAAUAAUAAACUUUGCUUGCCUUAAAUUAUACCAGAAAAUUCCCUUAAAAUCUGUAACAUAUAAUUAAAACUGCCGAAUUUAAACUGGAAGCAAUUAAUGACUUUAAGGUGAGUUUUUGGGAUGGGUGUUUGAAUGUUCAGUCUUUGCCAGGUCUAAUUCGUUAAAAUAAUAAAUAGAAAAAAUGUAUAUAUUUUGAAAUACAUUUUUUAUCAAUAAAAUAAAAUCCACUAAAAUUAAAUGUUACGAAAAUUAAAUUAAUUGUACAGACUAUGUUGAACUUUCUAUUGGGUUUGUUUUUCCUCAGAUAUAACUUAAGGCAGGCAAUGGUCAUCAUAGUUUUUAACUUUUUAAUCAUCUGAUGAUAUUUUUUUAAAUGUCUUCAAUGCUUACGAUGUUUAUUUUAUCACAUUAUUUUGUAAUAUAUAGUUUGGUAGACAAAGGACGUUUGCGUUACUCUUUGUAUUUUUUUGUACAAAAAGAAAAUGUAUUUGUACUUAGAGUUAGUGAGUGGUGAACUAUGUUUUGUGGUUUUGAAAAUAAACAAUACGCAAAGGUGUAAAUUGUGUAAUUAACAACUUCAUAUUCUAUAUAAGAAGAAAUAAAUUUGUACAUUUAGUUUUAGAACGACAUUGUGUGCAUUAUCAUUAUAUUUGCACAGCCUUAUUCCAUUAAUAAGAAACUAUAAUCAAGAUUUGCUCAUUUGUUCAAUUGAAUAUGAAUAGUACAUACAAGAUAGGUUUCCAUGAAUGAGUAUGUAAAAUAAGUAAGAUUAUAAAAUAAAUUGUGUAAAUGUAAUUUCUCAUUCUAGAAAACUGGACAUAGAAUGAAAUAAAGAAAAGAGGCAUAUUUAUUUAAAAAAACAAAAUAAAAUAAAAAGAAGGAGAAUGAAAAUAAUAUAAUUUAAGGUUAUAUAUAUUAUGUACAUUAAUUACUUAGGUAAGAAAGAUGAAAAUUCAAUUGUUCAUUUGUUGGUUCUUAAUUU